AUGGGACGACCUCCCCCCAAGCUGACCUGGUGGGCGGGGCACAAGGAAGUACGAGGUCAAGUGUCCGAAGGCGAGAGCGAGGUCAGCAACACGCUGACGGUGCCCUCGCUGCUCCGCCACCACCUUGACCAGUCGUUCAUCUGCCAGGCCACCAACUCGGAGAAGGCCGUGCCCGUCACCGCCGCCGUCACCAUUGACUUGACGCUACCCCCCAUGUCCAUCAAUCUCAUGGGCGUCGAGAACCCCAUCUCAGCGGGCGUAGGCGUGACGGCCGUCUGCCUGGUGGUGGGAGCGCGCCCUCCGCCCACGGUGACCUGGUGGCUGGACGGGCGCCUCCUUCGGGCUACCGGAGAGCGCUCGCGAGACGAAGGGAACGUGACCGAGAGCCAUGUCGUGGUGGUGGCGGCGCCCUCCGACCAAGGGCGCUACCUGGCGUGCCGUGCGGAGACACCUGGCCUGCUUCACUCCGUGCUCGAGGACGGCACCAAACUCACUGUGCACUACGUCCCGAAAGUGAACAUCUCCCUGGGUCCUCGCCUCUCCCUGGACUCCAUCAAGGAAGGCGGUGACGUGUACUUCAGCUGCUCUGUGUCAGCCGUACCCCCUCCGGCCAACGUCGAGUGGUACCAUAAUGUGAGUGCGAGGUGUUGCUCUGUUGGAAAGUGGUUCAGCGAUCGUAUAGUGAUGGAAUAUUGUUUGGUAAUAAGUUUGUGUUGGAAUAUAUCAUAUAUACAUAUGUGCUCCUGUCUUAUGCUUGACUACAUGCCUUGCGCCUGGACAGCAUUUCCAGACUCCGAAGCCAAAGCCUGUUUGAAGUAA